AUGAGAGCUGUGCUAAUCGUUGCCAUUCAUUUAUUCUUUUUUUUCAAAUAUUGUAGAAGUGAUUCGAUGGCUCGAGUUCCGAUACCAGGAACCUGUAAAGGAUUUCGUUACGACGGCAGAAUGAACUCAUCAAGCUCGAUGGUGGUUCUUAAUCUUCAAGGAGAGAAGUCUAAUCUUACUGCUACAGGAAGGAGAACAGAGGUAGUCUAUGGAACAUCAAGCAAUUUGUCUGAUCGAAUACGCUUGACACGUAGAGAUGAUGAACGAUUCAAUGUUAUUGUUACAUUUCCACAAAAAGGUAAAAAUGUAUGGCAGAUACGAUACGGUAACACAGCAACUCAAUAUUUGAAUUUUGAACCUUAUUCGUACAAAAUUACAAUUUGGAUAACCAUAUACAACUGCUGUGCAAUUGAACAAAUAUCAAAAUGUGGCUGCACUUAG